UAGUAGUAUGAGGCUCCCAGUAUGGCUGACGUCAUAACUGUGAGACAGUGAUUAAUUCAGAGGAAGGUGGUCGCAGGGAAAAUGGCGUCGGUUUCGGAAUUGUACGAUGUCACUUGGGAAGAGAUGCGUGACAAACUCCGAAAGUGGCGGGAGGAGAAUUACAGGAAUAGUGAGCAGAUAGUGGAUGUUGGCGAGGAACUGAUCAAUGAACAUGCGUCAAAGCUCGGAGAUGACAUUUGGAUAAUUUAUGAGCAGGUGAUGAUCGCAGCGCUGGACUGCAGUCGGGAUGAUUUGGCCUGGAGUUGUCUACAGGAGCUGAAGAGGCAGUUUCCAGACAGUCACAGAGUAACACGAUUAGCGGGCAUGCGGCUCGAGGCUCUGGAGAGGUAUGAUGAUGCCAACAAGUUGUACGAUUCAAUACUGCAAGACGAUCCUACUAAUACGGCAGCGAGGAAGCGCAAGAUCUCCAUUCUGCGAGCGCAGGGCAAGAGCAAUGAGGCCAUCCGGGCGCUCAAUGAAUAUCUGGAGCAGUUUGUGGGAGACCAGGAAGCAUGGCAUGAGCUGUCAGAACUCUACAUCAACGAACAUGAUUAUGCCAAAGCAGCCUUCUGUCUGGAGGAGCUGAUGAUGACCAACCCACACAAUCACCUGUACUGUGAGCAGUAUGCAGAGGUGAAAUACACCCAGGGGGGGCUGGAGAACCUGGAGCUGGCCAGGAAGUAUUUUGCGCAGGCACUCAAGCUGAACAACAGAAACAUGAGGGCCUUGUUUGGCCUUUAUAUGUCAGCAAGUCACAUAGCCAGUAGCCCUAAAGUGAGCGCAAAGGUAAAAAAGGACAAUGUGAAGUAUGCUGCCUGGGCUGCCUCUCAGAUCAACAGAGCCUAUCAGCUCGCCGGCCGUGGGAAGAAGGAGAACAAAUGCUCAAUGAAGGCAGUAGAGGAGAUGUUGGAGUCCAUGCAGAUCACCAUGUCCUAAGCCUCAACUCUCUCCUCCUUAGCCUCGGUCACCACAACAGCAUGGCAGCUCUCCCUGCACACUGCAGCCCUGCACCACCCACAAAGCAGAGCGGAGCAGACCACCCCGACCGCCACCGCCACAUUCUCCCAAACUGUUGUGUGUUGUUUUUUUUGUUUUUUUUCCCCUCUUACAGUCAGUACUUGUCCAACAGUCCAGCCUACAAGGACCCCCAGUCAUUCCACAUAUUAAUUUUAUUAUAAAUCUGUCAGUCUUAAAACAACGUACCAAGGGCUGAAAGGUCAGGAACUGGGAAAGUAACAUACACAGGUGUACAUAGGUGGUAUGCAGAUACAUGAGCAAUGCCUGGGUGGGGUAAUAGUGUUUUUCACAGUACAGGUAGAUGAUUAAUAUUAAUAAGAUCAGGUGUGCAAAUGUGAAUAGACAGUGAAUGAUGUUUAUGGGAAGGGCAGGUGUGGCUUAGACUGAAAAUGAGUAUGUGCUCUGUCAUUUUUAAUAUGACUUGUGUCCAUUUUGGUCACCUGUCCUUCUAAUUAAAGAAAUUCACUAUUUGAAAAACAUA